AUACUGCGACAGUUUCUGUCAAAAAUUGUCGGAUCAAUAAUUUCUCUCGCCUCGAAAGUGUCUCGGAUGGUAAUCUUCAAAAUAAAUUGAAGUUUUUUGUUCAUAAAAGGGGCGUUUCAUAAAGUAAAUUAAAUAAAGUGCGACCGAUCUAAAUACAGCGUCAUGGCGGACCCAUGGUUAGUACAGCCGCAUGAACAUGCGAAGUUUGCUGAGCACUUUCGCAACCUCGGUCCUGUCAACGGUGCACUGACCGGAGAGCAAGCUAAGAGAUUCAUGUUGCAGUCUCAACUGCCUCCUCCGAUUCUGGGCCAAAUCUGGUCACUCGCCGACACUAACGCUGACGGAAAGCUGGACUUGAGAGAGUUCUCCAUCGCUUGCAAGAUCAUCAACCUAAAACUUCAUGGUGUCGAAAUACCGAAGGCAUUGCCGCCUUCGCUUCUGGCGUCGCUCAGCCCUUCAGCUCCUCAAAAGCAAUUCACACCGCCAUCCAAGCCGCCAAUACCGCCCAUGCCGAGUAUGCCUCCCUCCGUACCCCCCCCAAUACCAGCCCAACCCCUCAUCUCAUCCGCCACUCAACCCCCACAAACCAACCAAUCGUUACUCGGAGAUUUCGACGCCCCACCCCAACCAAUGGCAGCAGCCGCGCCUCUUAUACCCCCUUUGAUCCCCCCUACGAAACCUGCCGUCCCCGAUUUAAUUUCUGGGGUGAAAACUCAACCCCUAAUUGACAGCCAACCAUUAAUGAAUCAGCCGUUAGCUCAACCGAUUAUUCCACCAAGCGUACCUGUUAUGGCAACUCAACCUCUGAUUUCGCCAACUCAACCCCUGAUACCACCAACUCAAUCAAUAAUUCCUCCAUCUCAACCCCUAAUACCACCAACUCAACCCAUAAUUCCGUCAAGUCAACCCAUAAUCCCGCCAACGCAGCCUCUGAUUCCCGCUCAGCCUCUAGGCGGCCCAACCCCUCUCGUCCCCUCUUCUCAACCCCUAAUGGGAGGCACAACAGUGGGGUCCCUCAUCAGCAGUCCCCCUCAAGCGAUGUCAUCAAUAGCCGGGUCAGUUCAACCCGUGACUUCGACCCCUAUUACGGCCAUCAAAACUGACCCCCUUUCUAAACCAGGUUCAGCGGUGAGCAGCCCCGGCGAGCCGCCGCGGGCGCCGGCCGACUGGGGGGUCCCGCAGACACAGAAACUCAAAUACACGCAGCUGUUCAACGCCACCGACCGGUCGCUGAGCGGCGCGGUGUCGGGUCCGCAGGCGCGCGCGCUGAUGCUGCAGUCGCGGCUGCCGCAGGCUGCGCUCGCGCAGAUCUGGGCGCUCGCCGACCUCGACUGCGACGGGAAACUGGGAUGCGAAGAGUUCGUUCUAGCGAUGUAUCUGUGUGAGAAAGCAACGCAGGGCGAGCCGGUGCCGGCCAAGUUGCCACCGGAACUCAUCCCGCCCACUUUCCGCCGCGAAUCGGUGACGUCUCAGAGCAGCGUGACGUCAUACGAAGAGAGGCGCCGGGAGAACAUGGCGCGGGGUCAGGCUGAGCUGGAGAGGCGCCGCUCCCAGCUGGCAGACGCCAGGAUCAAAGAAAAGGCUGAGCGCGAAAGGAAAGAGAGAGAAGAGGCAGAAAAGAGGGAGAAGGCAAGAUUGGAAGCUCAGAAGAGAGAGCAGGAAGAACUGAUGAGGAAACAAAAAGAGGAACAGGAGAAGCGGGAAGCGGCCAGAAAAGAGAUGGAAAGGCAAUGCCAAUUGGAGUGGGAGAAGAAAAGAAUUCGCGAGCUGGAAGCGAUGCGCACCGAAGAACAGUCGAAAGUUCUCGCGCUCAAAGCCAAGAGUCAAACUCUAACAGCUGAACUCAACACGGUUACACUACGAGCGACGAACCUCGCCAAAGACAUACGAGAAACCAGGACCGCUGUGGCGGCUGCUAAGUGUACCAUAGAUGGUAUGAGAUCAGACAGGGACACGAGUAUGUCAGAGAUGCAGCAGCUGAAGGCUAAAGUAAAAGAACUCAACGCUAAACAGAUCGCGCUCAACAAGGAAAAGGCAGAUCUGGACGCCAAGGCUAAAGCAUCAGAAGGCGCGGGUGAUGAUGGCAAGCUCAGUUUGAUGGAGGUCACCCUUAAACAGCUCAGGGAUAAGGUCGAAGCAACGAAAGCGAUAGUGGAAACAAAGAAAUCCGACUUGGACACGAACCAGCAACAGCUGGCGACUCUGAACGACACAGUGCAGCGGCUCACUGACAAGUGCGCCAAAGUGUGGGAGUUGUAUGAGGCGAGGAGGGCGGAGUACCAGGAGAGGAGGACUGCGCCCGCCGAGGCUUGGAACGAAUCAGCUUGGGGCGCUUCAGAAUCGGCUUGGGGCGACGACGGCGCCGCAGCCGACGCAUCGUGGGGCGAUGCUCACACCACUACUGCAACAGAAGUGGUGCCGUCGGCCCCAACAACGUCUGGGGCGAAAUGGCGUUGCGUAUACGAGUUCACAGCGCGGACCGCGGACGAACUGAGCCUGCAGCCGGGCGAUUUGGUGAGUGAUGCCCCGGCGCCCCGAGGCGACGCUGAACCUGGCUGGAGGUGGGGCACCGCCAGAGGCCAGUCUGGCUGGUUCCCUGAAUCGUAUGUCGAGGACAUUCAUGCCUCCUCAGCCUACGCCGCGGAGGUCGUUGAGCCCUUGGAGCCCAAGACUCAACUCGAAGGCAUAGCGGAGGUGCCAGAGGCUGAGAUAGCCAACGAUUUGGGUGGAGCCAUGCCGGCUGUUGAGGGUGGCGAUUUCUAUAUAGCGGCGUAUCCGUACGCGUCCGGGGAGUCGGGUGAUCUGACGUUCGAAGCGGGGGAGAGGAUCGAAGUGAUCAGGCGCGACGGGGACUGGUGGACUGGCAGAAUUGGCAUCAGAACGGGCAUAUUCCCCUCGAACUACGUGACCAAAGACGCGACGACCACAGACGCUAUAUCCUCUAUACCGGAAGCGGCCGAGCCGGAACCGGAACCGGAACCGGCGACCGCGGCGCCCCCGCCGCAGCCCGCGGCAGAACCUGUACAGGAGCAGAAAUCGUCGACGCCAGUGUGUGCGGAGGUGUCCUCGAUCACGUCCGCGCCGCGGCCGCCGUCCGCCGCGCGCCGCGACUCCGGCCGCGACUCCGCCGCCGCGCGCCGCAAGCCGGAGGUCGCUCAGGCUUUGGCGGCGUUCACCGCCACCAGCUCUGAGCAGCUGUCCCUCACUAAAGGGCAGUUGCUGAUCGUCCGCAAGAAGGCGGACAGCGGGUGGUGGGAGGGGGAGCUGCAGGCCAAAGGUCGCAACCGGCAAGUGGGCUGGUUCCCCGCCAGCUACGUCAAGAUCCUACAAUCAUCAGGUCGCACCUCUGGCAGAACCACGCCAGUUCUCUCGAAGGUGGACGCGAUGCCGUCUGAAACUGUCAUCGACAAGGUGAUAGCCCUGUACCCGUACGCAGCUCAGAACGCGGACGAGCUCAGCUUCGAGAAGGACGACAUCAUCGCAGUCACCGACCGCAGCCAGGACCCCGCCUGGUGGCAAGGCGAACUACGAGGCAUGACCGGCUUGUUCCCUAGCAACUACGUCACCAAGCUGGUCAACUAAAAAACUACCAAAAAUAGUAGGAAAAGUAGUUUAUUGCAAUGAUAGUAUUACCGUAUUAUUGGAACGUUCACUAUAUUCUGUAAUCGUUUAAAUAUAACUUGUCAUAAUAUUUAGCGAAAUUUACGCAUACACAUUUGAGUUUACCAUGAAGUUAAGUAGGUACAGUCUGCAAGAAAAAGAUAAAUUUUUUCUUAACAAUUUCCUUUUUUUGCCAUUGCAACACUAAACAAAAGACCGGUUGAUAACCACCCAGUGUUGCCAGCCAUCAGGUGACAGCACUAUCGUUCGAUAUUAAUUUCUUCACUUUAAGUAUUCCCAAGAACAUUUUGAUAGAAAGUACAUGUAUUGCUAUCUCUUUUUUCUGUAACUUGACCUCUUAUGUAGUGAAAGGUAUAACUAUAUGGAGAAUACACUUUAUAGGUAUAUAUACAUAUUCUAUCAGUACAUGGGGUAGAGAGGUCGGGCUACCAAUGAUAUGUACAUAUAGCAAUUCCAUAUGUAUUAUAUAUUUGUGAUCCAUAGGUCCGUUUUUAAUAUCCAGCUCGAAGGACCACAAACGGCAUUUAUAAUAAAAUACAUACACAAAAUACAUGUAAUUUAUUAUUACAAGAGCAACGCGUGAGCACAUCUAACAGUAAAAUGGAAGAGGAAGUGACAUUUACACUAUUGAAAAUAUUGAUUACAGUGUUAGAAAAAUAUUGCUAUCAACAAUAUGUGUUAGUUUACCAUAAACAAUUUAUUUUUCUUAAACAUCUUGCAUUGAAAAGUUUAUAGAGUACUGACUCCAGUAUGAUCUAUAGCUUCAUGCGGUGUAGAAUGUGUUUUAUUUUAGCUUGAUGCACAUGAUCCAAAAAAUUUAAGUACUCCACUCCAAUUAUUUGUCUAAUCGUAUUGCUAUCUCGAGUGUUGCGGAAGAUGAAAGACAAUAUUAUUGGAUGGAGAAUUUGAUAUGGUGUAUUAGAGUGAAGGAAAGCACAAAUAUACUGAUUAUAUAUAAUAUAUAAUAUACUUAAAUCUGAUUAUUUAAAUAUACAUAGAUACUCUCUCCUAAAUUAUUAUAGAUAAUGAACCGUUUCAGUCCAUAUAUAUGGUGUCCUUAUGUCACUUUUCAAACUGACAUUGACAGAAUGAGACAACUUUUUUUUUAAAGAAGAGGAUUACAUUUUCAGCCAUACAAAAACAAAUAUAUUUCCCUUACAUAUAUAUCAAACUGUAUACAGAGAAAACAGCUCAAUAUGUACCUUAGAAAUGAUCUAUCUCACUUCCGCACAUAAUUAUUCAUAAAAUAUUAAUUGUUAUACUCUCAUUCCAUUGUUAUUAUUAAGUACAAAUGUUGACAGUUGUGUGAGUGUCGCCAUUUUAUUAGUGUAUGUAGCAGUUUCUUGAAUAAAGAUGUUAGUUGCUUUA